AUUAUCCAGGCAACAUAGCUGGUUGGCGGUGGUUCCGUGUCUUCUCCUCCGCCUCAGAAGCCCCAUUGGUCCGCGGCUCUCUUGAAUGAAGCGCCGCAGAAACGCGCAGGCAGCAGCAGCGAAUGAAGGAGGAAGCAGCGCGGGCCACAGGCAGGGACAACAAGCCGACGUGCACGCACUCAGCGACGCGACCGGCGGCGGCGGGGCGGACACUGGCGGUUAUCUGUGGACCAGAGGCGGCUGGCUCUCUCCCGGAGAGUGAAUGAGGUUGAUGCUGCUCUGCUGCACGUGGAAGGACGAACGCAUGGGAGAGGAGGAAGGAGCUGGAGGUAGUUUGCCCGUGUGCGCGGGAUGCAAACAGAGGAUCUACGAUGAGCAGUACCUCCAGGCCCUCAACACUGACUGGCACACCGUCUGCUUCAGGUGUUGUGAGUGCAGCGCCUCACUGUCCCACUGGUAUUAUGAAAAAGAUGGACGGCUUUUCUGUAAGAAGGACUACUGGACCAAAUUUGGACAGUUGUGCCACGGCUGCAACGACCCCAUCACCACCGGCCUCAUCAUGGUCGCAGGUGAACAGAAAUAUCAUCCUGAGUGCUUCAGCUGUCUGAACUGCAGGACGUUCAUCGGUGAUGGAGACACAUACGCUCUGGUGGAGAGAUCCAAACUCUACUGUGGUCACUGUUACUACCAGACCAUCGUUACCCCGGUGCCAGACUCUCCAUGCUCAAAAAUCCCUCACACGGUCACACUGGUGUCCAUCCCAGCCUCUGCCGAGGGCAACAAUGGACGCAGAGGGCGAGGUUUCUCUGUGGCCAUCGAUCAGCCACUGAGCCCGACCAACGGCUUCAACCCUGAUCAUGGACACACUGUCCGAGUCUCACAGGUGGACACAGACUGCAUCAGCCCAGACGUGAAGAAUUCCAUUCAUGUUGGAGAUAAAAUACUAGAAAUCAAUGGGACGCCCAUUCACAAUGUUCCUCUAGAUGAGAUCGACCUGCUGAUCCAGGAGACGAGUCGUCUGCUGCAGCUCACCAUCGAACACGACCCUCACAGUCUGGGGCACGAGGGAGGCUCUUCAGAGGCUGAAGAACAACUGAACGACCCCCUGUCCUUCCCUCUGUCUGAUGGACCCAGUCCCAUCCUGCCCAUCACUCAGCCCCCCAAUUCAGACAUCAGCAACCUCAGAUCACGCAUCAUCACACGGAGCUGCAGCAUUGAUAAGUCUCCAGGCUCGAGCAACGCAGCGUCUCCCAUCUCACAGAGGAAAGAUAUCAAUCGAUCAGAAUCACUCCGUGUCGUUUCAAACCGAACGCACCGCAUCUUCCGCCCAUCGGACCUCAUCCACGGAGAGGUGCUGGGAAAGGGCUGCUUCGGACAAGCCAUUAAGGUGACUCACAGGGAGACAGGGGAGGUGAUGGUGAUGAAGGAGUUGAUUCGCUUUGAUGACGAGACACAGAAAACUUUCCUGAAAGAGGUGAAGGUCAUGCGUUGCCUGGAUCACCCUAAUGUACUCAAGUUCAUCGGAGUCCUCUACAAGGACAAGAGACUCAACUUCAUCGCAGAGUACAUCAAAGGAGGCACCCUGAGAGAAAUCAUCAAGAAAAUGGACAGCAACUAUCCCUGGAACCAGCGGGUCAGUUUUGCCAAGGACAUCGCUGCUGGGAUGUCAUAUCUGCAUUCCAUGAACAUAAUCCACCGGGACCUGAACUCACACAACUGUCUCGUCCGAGAGGAUAACACAGUGGUGGUUGCAGACUUUGGCCUGGCCCGGCUCAUGAUCGACGACAAGCACGAGGAGAAAUUGUCGCAGGGUAAACUGCCAGGUCUGAAGAAGCCCGACCGCAGGAAGAGGUACACGGUGGUGGGAAAUCCGUACUGGAUGGCUCCUGAGAUGAUUCACGGGAAGAGCUAUGAUGAGAAAGUAGACAUCUUCUCUUUUGGCAUUAUGCUCUGUGAGAUAAUUGGCAGGGUGAAUGCAGACCCAGACUACCUCCCCAGGGCGAUGGACUUUGGACUAAAUGUGUCUGGUUUCCUGGAGCACUUUUGUCCCCCAGAUUGUCCCCCUGCCUUCUUCCCCAUGGCUGCUGUAUGCUGUGACCUCGAUGCAGACAAACGCCCUGCUUUCACCAAGCUGGAGGAGUGGCUGGAGAACCUUAAGAUGCACUUGGACAUUGGUCUCCCUGUAGUUUCUGAACUGGACGUUCUGCACAAGGCCUUCUGGGACAACCACAGCAUCAGGCGCCCUGAAAACGGCCUUCACACCCACCCUGAGCAGCUGGAGUAGCACUGAACACAACAGGAGGCGCGGGAAGGUAGAACUCGUCCCACCAGUGCAGCGACUGCCUGCGCCAGGUGGUGCAGUGAUUGGAGGAGUCGUGUGAAUGCCCCUCCAUGUUUGACGCGGGCUCAGAAUGGCUCAGGCUUACUGAACAGACUCAGGGGGAAAAUGUGGAUGUGAAAAGCCACAGACACUAGAAUUCAUUCAAAUCAAGAGACGCGAACCAUGAUAGCCUGUUUCUGCGGCACUCAGUGCUACAGUGAACAUGUCAUGCAAUCACACCCAACUUUAAAACCAUUCAAGCUUCUGAAUCAUGCAGAUUUAACUUAAGCGAUCACGCCAUUCAAGAAUAUGCUGUAGUGAACUGUAGUGUGUAAAUCCUCAUGGUCAAAGCAAACCUUCAGCUUGCUCACUCUGGGCCUCUAAUUGUGCACUAUGUGUUUGCAGGUGUUUCUGUGUGAGUUUGAUUUUGCUUUUAUUUUUGGUUUGGAUCCUAAAACUGAAUUUAUGAAAAAUGUGUAGGAGAUGGGGCCUGUGUGUCGAGAUGAGAUACUUCUGUCGUUCCACUUGUGCAAAUCAAACUAAAUCUUUCAGCUUUAAAUGGCUCAUUGAAGAGUGCAUGGGUGUAAAAACUGCUGCCAGGUUAGAUCCUGCUUCUGCAUUGUGUCCAUCUGACCUCAGGCUUACUUGUCCUUGCAGCUCUGCUCCACUCCCUCAUUCAUUGUAUAGCACUGACUUUACACUGAGGUACACAUUAUCGGCAUACAUUCGGUACUUUGUCUAAUUUUAAGAGCAGUUAGUGUAACACGUCAACAUUCACAUAGCACCAUGUAUUUGUAUCAGUGUACAUAGCUAGCAACAUUGUAAAUGUUUUAAAUACUGUAAAUGUACAGACAUAUUUUAUAUAUGCGACAUUGCCAUAUUUUUAUUGCCUGGUGAGUUGAAAUUGAGGAGAGUCGUAAUUUGAGAGCAGGCCACAGACGUUUAGCAUCAGAGAUAAGAGGAAUCUCAUCACCAUAUUCCUUGAUCAUCUCCCCACCAUUGAAUUAAUAUUCCCUGGCAUUAUUCAGCCUUUUCAUACUGGAUUAUCUGAUGGACCCUUUGCACAGCAGCCAUUUUGACAUGUUUUGCCAGAGAAGCAGAGGUUUUAUGAUGGAUUUAAACACGUCUCAUUCACUUUGAAUGGAGCAGCAUCUCUGCUGACUCUUUCCAAGCGUGAUCUCAAGCAUCAGCCAAUCAAAUCUUGUUAUUCCAGUACAGGCUCUAGCCAAUCAAAUCACACUUAGUGUUAUAGAUUCAAGAUAAACUUAAUUGUCCCAGAGGGAAACACUAUAGGCGACGUUUAAUUAAAAAACUAUGUCAAACACAUAAUCCUACAGAAUCUAACAAAUUAUUUCAUUGUGCAAGAGCAGCAGCAAUUGAGAUGUUGUCAUUGUGCAUUCAGUUUCCUAUUUAUACCUAUAUUUAAAGUUAAUAAAAACACUUGAAAUUUCUGAAACAUAAAUCCAGGGAUUGUGACUAAUAAAUAGAUGAGAUAAAAAAUAAAUUGAUAUUAAAACCAUAAAAGAAUUUCUGGGAGCUAAAACAUGGGAUUUUUUUAUCCUAAUUAAGUACAGUUUUAGAUUGAAUUUAGUGAUUCACACUGCACUGUUCAAACUGAGCUCUCCAACAAGGUUGUUCGCUCAGUUUAACAAUGUUUUUUGUCAGAUAAAGUGGACCCAACAAUGGCAGAUAUGGACAACAUAGCAUCACCCUCACUUUUAGCAACACUAGCAACUCUUGUUACAUAGUAGGCACUGUUGUGUUAACCUCCAGUACCAUGUCAUGUCCAUCCACCAUGAUGUGUUAAUGAUCACAUUAACGGUGUGAUCCAUCCAGUUCACGUCACAGUGUGGACAGUGUGGACAGUGAAACAGCAAGCACCCUGAAUCUGAGUGAGCUAAAACUCAGCUAUUAAUCACAGCUGUGAUUCUCCUAGUGCAGCCUGUAAUGGCUGCUGUGCAAAGAGCCCAGUAUAUCAGUGUCAGAACAAGGUUUAUUAAUGAACCAAAUUUGCAUAUUAUGUUCAACUCAGAUUAUGCGAUAUAUUUCUGAAGGCAAUAGAUUUGUCAUUAAUUGUUCACUUUCAUCUCAUGUGCUGCACUGUAGUUCAGGAGUGGGGAUAAUAUCCAUGGUACUGUGUCAUCAUGUCAGCUGUCUGUCCACAUAUCUGUCUCUCUUCCUCUCUCUUCCUGUGGAUGACCCACACUUUUGUUUAUAUGUAACAGCUACCUGUAAAUAUCACUGUGCAUAUCUGUAUGUCAGUUUGCCUGUAUUGCAUAAAUAUGUGCACUCCCCCAGAAAUAAUCUCCUCCCUUGGUCAAAAUCUCUCUCUUGCACCUUCUAACAUGAGAUUUCUGUCUUUAAUCUGUUAUUUUCUUUCUUUCUUCCUGUUGUUUUGACAAGCUGCAUGAUAUACUAGCUAGGUCUGUCCAGCUUCUGAGCCGAGCUUUCUUUGUCUCUUAAUAUUGUGACUUUAAAUAAGAAAACAGAAUGGAAAAAAAAAGUCAUCAGAUGAAGCCAGGCUAAAAAUGAAACAAGGAAAAAAACCACAGCAUUUCUUGUUUAUAUACAUACAUAUAUAGAUAUAUAUGUAUCCUCUGAGAUCUUUUUGUAUAGAUUUGAGUACUUUAAUUUGCACUAUAUUACCAAAUGGCUGGUUGAAGCCAUGUUUAUUAAUUUCCUCUUGGGCUACUUGUGAUAUGGAAAUAAAUUACGUCAGUUCAGGUUGAAACAUAUGAAUGCAAGACACUGAUGGAGCCUUUAAACUGUAAAAAUGGGAUCUGGGGAAUUCAUCCUCUUGAUAGCAAACUGGAUCAUGUAAGGAGUUAUCUUUUUUGUGCACGGUUCAGCUUUUUAAAAAAACUGCAUGUUUGAUCCCUCUGCGAUGUUAAAUUUAUACAUCAGUGGAAAUAUUGAUUAUAUUUUCCAUGUUAAAGUCGGAAUUCUCCUAAGAAACAGGGUUUUGCCAUCUUUGCUACCAGGAGGAUAUGAAGCCCCAGCUCCGCCUGCUGCCUACAGACUGGUCCUUUGUGAAUGAUGUUGUGCGUCGUUUGUGACCGCUUGGUUUUACGUGUGAUGCCCCUGGAGGCUGCAGCUUCUGCUGGUCACUUUUCAUAAUAGAGCACUUAACCUGGCGGCCUGUCUCACCUUCUCCUCACUCUCUUUUGGCUCAGGGCCGUAACUUUCUGGAGCUUACUUCACAAUCCAGCAGCUUUAUAGAAAAUCAGCACGUAACACUAACAGAAUAAGAAACUCAGCAUGCAAACUUGUUUAAAGUAAACGCUGAUAACACACGACACGCUUCUGUGAAACAGUCCCCUCUUGGUUGAUGUGUUCGUCCGUGGGCAUGCACUGUACAUGAGUGGCUUUGCCAUGUUUCUGUCUCCAUCCCUGUUUGAGCCACGUCGAGCAUGUUACAUGCACGUCUGUGAGGACACAUUGAUGGUCAACAAGAAUGCUUCAGCAGCACCUCUUUGCAAAGGAUCAUUACCUCUGAACAAUGCUGUGCCUUUGUUGUAAGCUAGCCUUGCCAACGACUCUAAAAACAUAAACCGAUUUUCCUUUUUUUUUUCUUCUAAAGGUAUCAUAAGUGAUAGCCUGAUUCACGUGUGGAUUGAACAUUAUUGCUGAUGCUAUGUUGUACUGGAUUUCAUCUUGUUCUGUAUCAUAUUUAUAUUCUCCAGAUCUAAAUUGUCAGUUUUGAUAUUUUAAUAUUAUAUAUUAGAUUUGUUGUUAGAUUUCUUUUUUCUUUCUUUUUUUUGGUCUUAUUUAAGUUUUUUUACACAAGCUGUGAAAACAAUUCUGCACUUUAAU